AUGGAAAUAGAAAACCAAAAAGAAAUAACUAACGAAGAACUUUAAAUUUACGACAGACAACGUUUUAUAGGAGUAGAAGUUUAAAGAAGACUAUUAAAUGCAAGAAUAUUUAUUACUCCAAUAAAUGGAAUAAAUACUGAAUUGGCGAAAAAUUUAAUUUUAUGUGGAACAAAUAUAUGUAUUAGUGAUAAUUAAAUAAUAAAUUAAGAUGAUGUUGAAACCAAUUUUUUAAUAAGUCCGAAUGAUAUAGGAAAGAAUAGAGGUUAAGUCAUAAAAUAAAAAUUAAACGAUAUGAAUCCUAUGGUUUAAAUUGAUUUAUACGAUACUUUUAAUGUUAGAAAUUUUUAUUAAUAACAUAUUGAUUAAUAAAAUAACUAAUAAUAAUGUAAAAAUUAAGCAGAUCCUUUUUCUGCUCUUUUUUUUGAUUAAUUUAAUAUUAUUAUUUCCUCAACUUCUUCUUUUAAAGAAAUGGUAUUAUUAUUUAUUAUUGAUAAUAAUGGAAUAUAUUUUAAUUUAUAGGGAUUGUAUGAUUAAAUAUCUAAAAAAUUAAAUAAACCUUAUUAUAAUUUAUUAUGUUGUGGACUUUAUGGAUUUUUUUAUGUUUCUUUAGGAUCAAAUUAUGAAUGUAUUGUAUAAAAACCUUCAGUAUAAAAAAUGUAAUUUAUUAAUGGAAAAUUAGUUAAAGAAGAUGAAUAAUAUUAAUAUUUUCAUAAAAUAUAAAUAAAAUAGGAAACUAUUUUUGAAUCAUUAAAUACUUCUUUAAAAAAUCCUAAACCAGUUUUAAAUGCAAUUAAAAUGAUGUAUUAAUCUUAAAUAAAAAAUUUAAUAUAUGAUGCAUAUAAUGAAUCAUAUGAAAAUUAAAAAGUUUUAGAAUAAAUAAUUGAAACAUAAAAGGAAAUAAUAAAAAAUUAAAAUGAAAGAAAUUUUUUUGAAAAGUUUGCAAAAUUUUAUUCUAUAGAACAUUGCCCUGUUUAUUCUGUUAUUGGAAGUGUUUGUAGCUAAGAAAUUAUAAAAGUUAUUUCAAAAGAUAAAAUUCCAGCUAUUAAUUGGUUUGUUUAUGAUAGUCAGGUAGGUUAUGGAAAAAUUGAAAAUACUUAAUAAAAAAAAGAAGGUAUGAUAAAUUAUAUCGAUUUGCCUGAAUUGUCUAAAAGAAUUAAUAAUGAAUUAUGA